AUGGCGGCCAAGGGAAAGGCUACUUCAAACCUUCCUCCUAAAUGGCCUGUAGUCGUCAAUGGAACUCUAAAAGACACUGAUAUUUCUACACUUCUCCUUCAAAGACACAAAGUUAGAUUUAGUGACACCACUGUAUCUUCCUCCAUCAUCUUUCCUCUAUCUUCUGUGGCCUUUCUCAUUGUACCCCUUGAGAAAACAUCUUUAGAGUGGCCACCAAAGUCAGGCAGAAUACAGUUGGACCAUGAAUUCUUACAGAGGCUGCAGAAAUUUGUCCAAAUUCAUAGGAAUAGCUAUAUGGUAUUGACAUCAGCUCUCCAUGGACCCCAUGAGAUGGCUAUCAUAUCAGCUAUACAAACCAGAUUCAUAGAUCACAACCUCCGAAUAUUGCCAGUACAUAAUGACAGUGAAUGUUUGCAAACCAUUCUAACAAUUGCUCAGGCAACCUGUACACCGACGUGCAACAUCCUUAGGUCUCGUCUGGAUGCUAUCUUAUCACGGCAGAACAGUGCUCAGAUGAUUCUAAACAUUCUUUCCCAGUUGGGUCUAAAUCAUCAUCAUAUCCUUACCAAAAUAUUGAAGGCUUGUUAA